UGAAUUUCUGGCAGUGACUGAAUUUCCUCCAAAGCAAUGUAUAAAGACCCAGCUAAUCACAUAGCAUUGGACAGUUCUGAGAAUUUCAUCAUUCCUGGUUAUUUUUUAUGCUCAAUAUUGCAGUCCACAAUGAGAUCAACCACCAUAACAAAACUACUCAAGUUAGGCGGUUCACAUCUUUUCCUGAUAAAGAAUUGUUCAGACAUGAAAGAAUUAAUGAAGUUCCACUGUCAGUUUAUCACAAAUGGGCUUUCCAAUGAAACCAUCUUUCUCAGCGCCCUUCUCUCCUUCUCUGCAAUCUCUGUUGCUGGGGACUUGGGUUAUGCUCGAUUAGUUUUUAAUCACAUAGAUUCACCUAAUGUGUUCAUGUUCAAUACCAUGAUUAGAGGGUAUGCUUGGAGUGCUACACCUCAUGAAGCCAUCUCUCUUUAUAUUCAAAUGCUCAAUUCUGGAUUAUUUCCUAAUAAGUACACAUUCCCAGUCAUGGUCAAAGCCUCAUCAAGAAUUUCAGACCCAAUUGGUGGAAAAGCCAUCCAUGGUUCCAUAAUCAAGUUUGGAUAUGGUUCAGAUAUCUAUGUUUUGAAUUCUCUCAUGCAUAUGUACGAGAGACUUGGGUUGUCAAAUGCAAUCUUCGACCUAUUUGAUGAAAUUUCUGAACCUGAUGUAGUCUCAUGGAAUGUUGUUAUUGAUAAUUUUGCCCAACAUGGUUACCUUAACGAGGCCUUGACUGCAUUCACUGAAAUGUGUUGUUCUGGGGUUGAACCAAACGCAGUUACAUUUCUUGGUCUUAUGUCUGCCUGCUCCAAAUCACAGAACUUGUAUCUGGCAAAGUUGAUCCAUGGAUAUGUUAUGAAGAAAGAUAUGCAGGUUACUCCAAAUCUUGAAAACGGUUUACUUGAUAUGUAUGUAAAAGUUAGAGAUGUGGAAUCUGCUAGAAGACUGUUCAAUAUGAUGCCUGAGAAAUCAGUCAUCUCUUGGACCUCCAUGAUUGAUGGUCUUCUGCGAGACGGGGAGGUGGAAAAUGCACGUUUAUUAUUUGAUCAGAUUCCAAGCAGGGAUACCACAUCUUGGAAUGCGAUGUUGAAUGGUUUUAUAUUGGCUGGAGACAUGAUCUCUGCAGAACAGCACUUCAAUAUAAUUCCUGAGAAGGAUUUGGUUUCAUGGAACAGCAUAAUUGUUGGGUUUGUUCAAAACAAGAGGUCUGUGAAUGCCUUGUAUCUUUUCAGGGUAAUGCAGAUUUCAGGAGUGAAGCCAGACCGAGUAACACUUGUAAGUGUUUUGUCUGUGGGUGGGUUUCUAGGUGCUCUGGACCAUGGUGAGAUGAUUCACUCUUAUAUGGAGAAACAGAACAUAAAAGAGGAAGAGGUUGAGGUGGCUCUAAUGGAUAUGUACUGCAAGUGUGGGGCUCCACCGGAAGCUGUAAAGAUGUUCCAUGGAAUGCUUAGGAAGACAGUGUUGGCUUGGAGUGCCAUGAUUGUUGGCUUGGCCAUGAACAACCUCGCCAAGGAUGCUCUGGAUUUCUUCUCUCAUAUGAAGAACGCUGGAAUAAAACCAAAUGAGAUAACAUUCAUCGGUGUUCUAUGUGCUUGCAGUUAUGCUGGCUUAGUUGAACAAGGUCGAUGGUUCUUCAAUGCAAUGAACCAGGUGUAUGGUAUCCAGCCAAGAAAUGAGCAUUAUGGGUGCAUGGUCGACAUUCUAGGCCGUGCAGGGCUGUUAAGCGAAGCAGAGAUGUUGAUUCAGAGCAUGCCCAUGAUACCCGAUGCAGGUGUCUGGGGAGCUCUACUUGGUGCAUGUAAGCUUCAUGGUGAGUUUCCCAUGGCUGAAAGGGUGGGCAAAAUCCUGACCGAAAUCGAUCCAUAUCACUCUGGGCGUUACGUUCUUCUUUCCAACAUCUAUGCUUCACAAAAGAGGUGGCACGAUGUGGAGAAUGUGAGAGAGAUGAUGAAAGCCCAUGGAGUCCGGAAGAAGCCUGGUUUCAGUCUGAUCGAGCUGCGAGGUAAGAUGCACCAGUUUCUGGUAGGGGAUACAUCAAUCGCACCCUGACACCAAACAGAUAUAUAUUUCAAUGGUGUGGGAGGAGAUAAGAGGUUGAAAGAUGCAGGAUACAGAGCAGACACAUCUCAACUUCUCAAGUGUUGUUCAACAUAGAUGAUGAAGAGGAGCAUGCAACUCCUACCAUAGCAAGAAGAUGGCUAUCGCUUUGGGACUCCUGAGGGAAGCCCCAGGCUGCCAUUAGAGUUGUGACGAAUCUUCAUGUGUGUGUGAUUGCCAUUCCGCCGCCAAGUCAAUCUCGAAGGUGUUUGACCGUGAAAUCAUCAUUAGAGAUUGAAAUCGUUUUCACCAUUUCAGAGGGGGUUCUUGUUCCUGCAUGGGUUAUUGGUGAAAUUACGGCUGCGUUUGGUAUGCAGUCUCAGAACGCA